AGAGGAGCUGAGAGAGGCGAGUGAGUGUGCACAGAGCGGAAGUGCGGUGCUGGGGGGUUGUGAAUUUCUGUGUCUGUCCAGUUCUGCCUCUGGGCAGGAGAGUGUCAUCCAAUGCUGAGCAGAGACACCAUGCAGACUGCCUGGGACUGGCUGCUGGUCGCUGUGCUGGCCACCUCCCUGAGCUCCACAGCGACCCAGGACGUGUGCCGAGCUCCGGAUGGGACAAAUGGAGCUGCAGGAGUACCCGGCCGACCCGGGCGUCCGGGCCUCAAAGGAGAGAGAGGGGAACCAGGAGCUGCUGGCAUCUGGACAGGCAUCCAAGGCCUCAAAGGAGACCAGGGAGAGCCUGGCUCCCCCGGGCUCCCUGGGCUCAUGGGCUCCCCAGGGCCCAAUGGCCCCCCAGGGGCUCCUGGGAACCCAGGAUUGAAGGGCAUCAAGGGAAACCCGGGCAACAUCAAGGACCAGCCGCGACCAGCCUUCUCGGCCAUUCGCCGGAACCCCCCUAUGGGCGGCAAUGUGGUCAUCUUCGACAAGGUCAUCACCAACGAGGAAGGCCCCUACCAGAACCACUCGGGCCGCUUCAUCUGUGCUGUGCCCGGCUACUACUACUUCACCUUCCAGGUGGUGUCCAAGUGGGACAUCUGCCUGUCCAUUGUGUCUUUGAGCCGGGGCCAGCGGCAGCGCUCCCUGGGCUUCUGCGACGCCAACAGCCGGGGCAUCUUCCAGGUGGUCUCCGGGGGGUCGGUGCUCCAGCUCCAGCAAGGAGACCAGGUCUGGAUCGAAAAAGACCCCGCGAAGGGCCGCAUCUACCAGGGAUCCGAAGCCGAUAGCGUCUUCAGUGGCUUCCUCAUCUUCCCGUCGACGGCGGCCUGAGCUGGGGGACAGGGAUGGGGGCAGGGGGGAGGAUCCCAUCCCUCAGCUGCUCCCUUUAGGGGACCCUGGCUCACUCACGUCCCCACUGUGGUGUUCGUGCUCGGCUCUGUAAAAGUGUGGGUGCUGCUGCUGUCGCUACCUGGAGGGAUUGUUUCUUGGAACUUUUCCUGGAAUAAAUGUUGAGUCCCUAUCAA